GUUAUUCGUACAAAAAAAUAUUUGCAACUAAAUUAUACAUUUUUGUUCACAAAGUUCUAAAUAUGUCGAGACAAAUUUGAAUAAGGAAACAAAUUGCAAAAUAAAGUUUUGUAGAAAAAAUAAUAUUGUUGGGAAUUUAUAGACACUUGAUAUAUUUUUGCAACAACAUUCCCAGGUCAAUGAUUUAUUUGCCACCCCUUAGACCGAGCUAAUGUUGGCAUCCGACUGGAAAUCGAUUGGUAUAUAGGUUAUUUUUAAAAAGUAAAACCCCCACUCAUUCGAGUUUUCCCAAAAAGUAUUCUGCUCGUUGAACUGCAUUUAUUUCUGUUAACAACCAGCGAAAUACGCUACGUGGAUCUCUGUGCUUCGAAUGUACGAUUGCGUGGCAAGUUUUCUGCAAUUUGUGGGUAAAAGGUUGAAAAGUUUUUGAACCCACGAGUCUACACGUAGAAGCGGUUGUAACGUACAAGGUGAUUCUUUCGCGAGUAGACUUCGGAGAAAGUUCCACCAAACACUGUUUAACUAUUCAACAGCGUACCAUAAGAAGUCGAUAUUAUAUCUCACUAAAGGUUUAUCGUAUCCGUAACGAUUAUAUUGUAUAAAGAAGGUAUUUUAGAGAAAAACUGUCAACCGAUAAUUUUUCUACAGAAUCUACUAACGAGAGAAUCACCCUGUACAUAGAAUAGUAGUUCCGAUGUCAGCGGCACAUGUCAUGGCCGAGCGUGUUGUCAUAAACCAAAGUUGCUCACAGUGAAUAGUCCGCGUUAAAUCGAAAGCCAUCAAUUACAGUAUUCAAAAUGAGAGAAGAAACGGUGUUGAGCUUAAAGUGGCAUAGUUUCCCGUCACAUUUAGCGGUUUCUCUCGAUACUUGUUACGAGAAGCAACAGUUUGUAGAUCUUUCUUUAGUAUGCAAAGAUGGGACGAUUUUGAAAUGUCACAAAAUGGUACUAGCUAACUCGAGCUCCUUCUUCCGUCGAUUGUUAAUGGCUAACGAGCAUCCUCACCCUAUGAUUAUACUUCACGACAUCGAGGCAGAUGAUCUGAAGACUAUUAUUAAUUUCAUGUAUUGCGGAGAAAUACAAGUGGUCCAAAGUGAGGUUAGAAGACUGCUAAAGUUGGCGGAAAUUUUGGAAGUUACCGGAUUGCGACAUAUACAAACAUCCGUUUUGGUAGGAGAGUCUAACAAUAUGUCUUAUGAAGCGUCCACUGUAUCUCGUUUAAAAAUUGAGGAGACUAAAAGUCUAUCUACCAAAACAGUACCUGAGCACGAUUCUAAUACUAGAACACAAAAUAAAACGACCUAUCAACCAACAAGAUUCGCUACUACUGCUCAACCACAUAAAGUAGCGAACAAAUUACCUUUGGAUACUAACAAGAAAAGCAAAGAGAAUAAUAUUAAUUUAUUGAGUCAACGGCUGGAGACCGGCAGAUCCGGAAUCAGUAUUGUAGACAUAAAUGAUAUGCCAAGUACAAGUAAAGGGAUUCCUAAUCCACCCAUCCCAAAAAGGAAAGAAAUACCUGAUCCAGUUAUUAAUUGGCCUCGUAUUUUAUCUGCUAUAUCAAAAGAUAGUCCUUUGCCCUUGAAAAAAUUGUGUAUAAUGGAUGAAGUUGAAAUUACAGCUGGAAAACCAUCGACCAUCACUCAAAACAUGAAGACAAAUGAACCUCUGGAUAGAAGGAAAGAAAGCAGCAAUUUGGGCCUCAAUGAAGAUAUGAAAUGUGGAAUUUAUAUAAAAGACGAAGUAGAUCUAUCCUUUGAAACUGAAGAAGAUACAGAAAUGGACCCGUUAGAAGUCGAAGAGGUUGAAAAUGAUACUUCAGAAAAUAUUAUGGGCCCUUCUCAAGCAUACUCUGUUACAAACAUGGAACAUGCUUAUUAUAAUACUGGAAGUCUUCCAGAAUUUCCUACAAGAAAAGGAUCUAAUGGUUAAUAAAUAGGAUAACUUUCUUUUUUUUUUACUGAUAACACUGACUGAAUAAAAUUUUUCCUGCGCCUACAAAUCUUUCUCUAACUUAAAAAUACUUUACAAAAAUGUAACGACACUCAUACAUUAAUUCAUAGUUUGUCACCUUAUUCGUUACUUUGUUACGUGAUCUGGUUUGUUUUGUAAUAAAUCAAUUCAAACUUGA